AUGUUAUUGAUAUUUCUAUUCUUUUUGAUUCAAUGGAUCAACUGCUGGAAUGUUAUAACUUCAAAAAAAAUAAUUGAGCCAAUUAAUAAUGAUAAUUUUAUUAUGGAGGAUGAUUAUCUGAUAGUAUCAAAUGGAAGCUACUUAUUAAAAUAUGAAGGUUUAUAGGGAUAUAGAAAAUUACAUAUGAUAUUUGAUGCUAAGGCAAAUUUAAGUUAAGUGGAGAUAUUGCUUAAGGUAAAUGGAAUUAAGAGAAACUUUCUUGUUGUAGAAAAAGAUUUUAAGGAAUUUCAUAUUGAAUUUGAGCACUAAGCUGCAGAUAUAAAAAUAUAGUUUAAUUUUGGUGAAUAGAUCUAAUUUUCAAUAAGGAACUUCAAUUUAUUUAUUGAAGAAUGCCCUAAGAAUUGCAAAUAUUGCUUAUCUGGAUAUUGUGAUCUUGAAAUAUUGGAUUAAUGUGAGAAAUUAAGAUAUAAAAAUUAGUGUGUGGAUGAAUGCCCAAAAGGAUACAUAUCUGAGUUCAGAGAAUGCAUAAAGACAAGUAUAUUAUUAAAAAUAUUGAGGUUUAAAUUAGUUGGGUUUAAAUUAAAUGUCUAUAGACAAUGAUAUUGGAUAAACCAAGAAAUUUGGAGAAAGUUAAGAAUUACAUAUUGAUUUUGGAUAAAAUUUUGUAGGAUGGAUGGAAAUUGUGUUUAAUUGUUAUGGGAAAUAAUAGGAUCACUAUAAUUCAAUUCUAAAGAUAUUUAAAGAAAAUGCUCAACCUGAAUUAAUUCAUCCCUUUUUACCUAUUUAUUAUAAUACAUAGUCAUAUAAACAGUGUAAGUAAAGGUUUGAAUUAGAUUGCAUAUAAGUGAAAGGUUACUUAAAGAUGGAAUUUUAAGAAUAAAAUACAAUUACUAUAUAUAGUUAUUCAAAAAAUGUUGAGAAUACUGGAUUUUGGAAUAUUGAUGAGAUUAAACUUUAUGAUAAAGAAAUAAAAUAUUAUGAAUGCACAAUUAAUGAAUGUGAAUCUUGUUCUUUUAAUUAAGUAUGUAGCCAAUGUAAGGUAAAUUUAUAUUUAUAUGAAAAUUAAUGUGUUAAAUAAUGUCCAUACUUUACAAUUAAAAAAGAUGGUAAAUGCAUAAAAAUAGAUGAAGAAUAAAAAGGUACUCUCUUUUAUUAUCUUUAGAUGUUAGUUUUAUAAUAAAAUUGGAUUCACCUUUUUAGGAAUUAUUAUCUAUUUUUGGUUAGAAGACUUUUGAUAUGAAAGAAUAAAUAAGCUUUCGAUAUGAAAAUGGAACUACAUAUAUCGGUGGUGGAUUGAAAGAUAAUUGGCGAAGGACAACUUUUACAAAAUAAUUAAAUCUUGGGAAACAUUACUCGAUUAGAUUAAUGUUUAAUUUAUCAAUAGAGAAUUCUACUUCAGAAUUAGAUUGCUUUACUUAUACGAUAGAUGGAAAAACCUAUCUUGUACAUAAGAAUGUAUCUUAUAUUGAUCAUCCACUUUAUCAUAAUAAGAAUAUACUUAAUCUGAAUUUAGGAUGCAAAAUCUCGAAUAAUGGUAGAUGUGUAAUCUCUAAUUAUUAUUUUAUGACAAUGAAAGUAAUAAUCUUAAAAAAUUUAGUGUUCUCCUCUAUGUCUUUAAUGUGUGGGUCCACUUCAAUCUGAUUGCAAAGCAUAUCAAAAGGAUAUUGAUAAAUUUGACUAUUAAAAAUAAAAGUGUCUAGAAGGUUACUAUUUAGAUGACUAUGGAUGUAUCAAAUGUUCAGUUGGUUGUCUGAUUUGUGAAACUUACAAUAAGUGUUUAAAAUGUAAAGACGAUAAAGAUGGAGAGUUUUAUUGUUUACCUUACAUAUGA